ACACCCGCGACACGCGCAGGACCAUAUUGCACUCUCGGUCGUUCUCGAUACCUCCCAUCGCUCGCCCAGCCCGAGGGCAUGCCCGAGUGGUUGAUCGUGCCAUUUGCUUGCUCUGAACCUUUGACUGCACCCACUGCACUUUGCGCCGGCGAUUCGCGCGCGUCACCUUGGCGACUGGAUAGCGGAAGUACCGAAAACGGCGGGAUUGGAGACUUGCACAAUUAAUCCAUCGGGGACUGUAUUAGACCAUCGUCCGAGCAUUGCAUACGGAUAGGAGGAGUAGAACGCAGCCGCUGCCCCGACAAUCCUUGUAUAUCCAUCUCAUGGCGAACGGGCAAGCUACCCCUCGCGCCCUUGACGGCCCCAGGCGCGUCAAGCCACUCAAUAUGUCGCUCGUUAGCCAGAAAGUCGCUGGAGUGGAGCUGGAGACAGAAUCACCCCUCGCCCUCUCGGACUCCGAGAGCGACGACUCGAACUACGACUCGUUUGACGAAACAUCGCCCACCGCCUUCACUCGGCCCCCUUUCCUCACAACCCUCGACAACGAGCACGAGACGCCGUCGUCUGCGAGCGACAUACAGGCCGAACUUGCAGCACUCGAAGAGCUUCGCAGGAACGUGCAGAAGAACCUCAAGCUGCGUCCCAUACGCUCGACGAACAACCUGCGCAAAGCUUCGGACGGGACCACUGGUAGUUCCUCGACGUCCCCCUCCUCUUCCAUCGACAACGACAGCAUGAUCAGUCCCGCAUCGAGCGUGUCGUCCUACUACACCCCGCUGAACGAGCAUCCCCCGAUAACUUCUCCCAAGAGCGCCAGAUACAUCGGGCCAUCGAAAUCACCAUCAACACCACCUAAACGACCUUCUCGCCCCGUCGACCCAGGCACGCUCUACAUCCGGCUCACGCAGUUCUUCAAGCGCCCUCUGCUCAUAGAUACCCGCCCCGCCGCCGCGCACCUGCAAUUCCACAUACGCGACAGCGUCAACGUUUCCAUACCGUCCUUGAUCCUGAAGCGCUGUCGGAAGCCAGGCAACAGCGGCUUCCAUGGACUGGAUUCUUUGCGGCAGUUCAUAACCACCGACGAAGGCAAGGCGCUUUGGGACAAGCAGAUGCACCCCGGCGGGCCGUGGGAUGGCGAUGUGAUCCUCUACGAUGAGGAGAUGGACGCGCGCGAUCAGAGCACCUCUGCUGCUGUGGCAUGGGCGCUGGUGUCGGUGCUUAGCCCGCUGGUUAAGGAAGGCAACGUAGACUGGCUUGAGGAUGGCCUAGCUCGCGCGGGGCACCAUCCUGAUCUUCAGAAGCUCGUUGUGACUGGCGCGGACUCCAGCUUCACGCCCAGCCCGCACAGCGCGAACGCAGGAUCGGGACUGACAAAGCUGAACACCGGUCGGAAGAAUGUCCCCCCGCCGGUGAAAGUGACCACGGACAGCCCACAACAGCCUGUGGCGAAGGCACCGCCGUCACCUUUACCUCUUAUGCCGGGCUCGCUGCGCCUUGCGCCCCCGCAAGGGCCUUUGCAGGCGCUCAUGGACACUACACCUUCACCACCCCCCUCGCAAGUUUCUUUCCGCCGCCCGUCACCCCCGAAGCGUCCAAGCGUGCCGAAUCUACGGAAGUUGGACACUUCAUCAGCCGAACGGCUGCCCAAAUUAUCAGUCAAUACCCGACCAACGAAAUCAGCAACAUUGGCCGUCCCGCCUUUAUCCCUGUCAAUAAACCCGCCAUCAUCGCCCUCACACCUCACUCUUUCUCACUCGAACUUCUCCGCCUCCUCCCCACUGUCGACCGCGUUCAACCACGAUGGGGACGACUCAGCAUACUUUGCGCCGCCAAAGUCACCGCGCACGCCGAGACCAGAGACGCCACGUACGGCGCGGCCGGACGAGAUGUCGCCCCAAUCGGCAUAUCCCGCAUCGCCUUUCCAGUCCCACUUUGGUGCGCCCCAGACCGCCUUUCAUACGUCCUUCAACGAUGACUCGCCGUCGUCGGCGGAGGAUUCGCAGCCGCAGUUCUCCGUGUCCACCAUCCUGCCAAACUUCCUCUUCCUUGGGCCCGAGAUGACCUCCCCGGAGCACGUUGCGGAGCUGAAAGGCCUGGGCGUGCAGCGCAUCGUCAACCUCGCGAUGGAGUGCGACAAGGACGACUACGGUCUUCGGCUGGGAGACGUGUUUGACCGCUAUUACAAGAUCGCGAUGCGCGAUAUCGUCGAGGAGGAUGGGAUUCGAAACGGUGUCAGGGAGGUCUGUGGCAUUCUCGACGAUGCACGGCUGCACUCUUCGCCUACCUACGUGCACUGCAAGGCGGGCAAGUCGCGGAGCGUCACCGCCGUGAUGGCCUACCUCAUCCACGCCAACCACUGGACGCUCUCCAAGGCGUAUUCAUUCGUAACCGAGCGCCGCAAAGGCAUCUCGCCGAACAUUGGCUUUGUCAGCGAGCUCAUGACCUUCGAGGAGGAAGAGCUCGGCGGGAAGAGCUCUGGCGUGACCGCCGCGUCAAACUCCGCAGGGCGCACCAACAUCGAGGAUCCGUCAACUGCAGGCUUCUCGCGCCGCCCGAGCGUGGCUCGCGAGCGUGAAGCUAACGGCCCGGCCUUUGUGUCGAUGCCGACGAUGCCCACGCACGGGCAGUCACACUCGAUAUCGUUCGCGGGCACGAUGUCCUUCGCGGACGCGAAAGACGAGCCGGGUUUGUCGUCGACUGAGGCCAUCAAGCUCGUCGGCGGCACCGGCCACGAGACGGAGAUCAAGGAUGCUAGCGGACGCUACCGACACGCACGCCGCGCACCUGUCGACGAGACGACCCUCCAGCCGUCUCGGCGCGUCAGCAAGGCGGGGCUGGAGAGUGGUGGUUGGGCUUGAUGGCGCCCUCACACUGGCCUUCUCUCCUUGGGAAUGGACACUUGUUCUUCGGCGCGCGCAUUUGGAGGCCUCUUUGAUCUGCGCAGCCAAAUUCUCUGACUUGCAGUAGUCAAGUUCAUGUCUACUUCUUGUUGCUGUCUUUGCUACUUAUCGUCUCCUCUGUUUUCGGACCUCCCCUUCCUUGGGCAUCUGCAUUACAUAUAUAUUAUUAUUGACUUCUUUCGCUCUUACUGUUGAAUGUCUUAUGUAUUCCCCGAGUUCCAAUGCAGCCUGUUGCUUGUGGUUC